GAUGGCGUCAGAUGGAGAGUUUGUUGAGAAGUAAACUCUCCUUCAAAAUGAGCAGAAAAUUGCAAUACUUUCAUUUGAGAAUGAAACUUUUAAACAUUUUUGUAUAAGUUCCUUUAUUUUUUAGAAAUAUGUUUCGGUUCUUUUGCCUAAGUUGAAGGUCCAGUAUGAGUUCAAGCGACGAGAGUGACGACGAAGAAACUUUUCCUUCAACUUCACUGYCAMAGUCGGAGUUGUAUCGUGCUGGUCUCAAACCUGCUUUGGAYAAUAUAUUUGCAGAGGUGCAAGCUAAUAUUCCAGUAAUUGGCUCUGAUAGUGACUCUGAGUUGAAUAGUGAUGAAGAACCAGUAAUAUUCAAUAGAAGUGGAGAUUUUACCUCCUUGACAUCUUCAGAAGAUCUACAUGUAACAGAAGCAUUCAAAGAAWCCCUUCAAGUCCUUGAUGAUGAAUCAGGAAUCAACACUCAAGAUGUCAAAGAUGAAGUUGGAAAAACCUGUUCAUCAACAUCAACUGACAGUGGCCUUUCUAUGUCUGAUCUGAAUGACAGCUGCAAUCAUAAGACAACUGUCGAGAAGGAGCUUAUCCCAUCAACCUCUCAGAAGGCAACUUAUUCAAGAAAUGUCCAAGAACAAGAAGCCAAAGACAAUCCCAUCCAGCUAAACUUUGCACGUCUCGCAGACAUCGAUUUCUCAAGCCUGAUGGAACAAGUCAGCGAUGUGACAAUUCCURUAUGGCCAGACAUAAUUCCCCUUGAGACAGACACUAACAACAAUGCUGAASUAGAUUCAGAUUCUAAUGACAAUAGCUCAAGCAGUGAAGACCUGAUGAGGCAACUUGUGAAUCUCACUCAGAAACAAAAGGAUGAAGCUGUAUCCUGGAGUGAAUCRAUUCCUGAGCAGAGUGACAUGAAGACUGUGGAUAGUGGUAUUCAAGCAGAUGGUUUAUACAAUGAUACAGGAACAAUGGCCAGGCAGACAACAGCAUCUAUUGGUGUGAGUGCAUCAUUUCCAGGUCUGUCAUCUCAUGGUGAUGUMAAUCAUGCAAACAAAAGAGUUUCACAAGAAAGAGGAACAGUGUUUAUUGAUGUUCGCAAUCAGAAAAUUGAACCAAGAAUACAUGGGAAGGGAUCAGAAUCAGUAUCAAGYUCUAUUCAGAGAAUUUUGGGUAUUCAAGAUGAAGACAGUUCCUCCAGUAGCUCUGAUGAUGAAAAUGACAUGGAAUUAUGGCAUGAGCAACGUAGACGAAUAAAACAAGGGAUCGCUGCAAGGAAUCAAGCAGCURYAGUAGCUACAACWACACACAAGGGGUCAUCUAAUSUACAAGGAUCAUUAACUAAACAAGAUACUAACUUGCAAACAAAUGUUCUUCAAAACCAURAGAAGAAGUCUGSCAUUACAAAAGCUGCUCGAAUCGCCCCAUUGGAAGAGAAAUGCUCUGAGAUUAAAGAAAAAAAGAAAAUCCAAAUAAAAGAGAAUGACGAGAAAGUACARSCMAGCAAGGAACAGAAUUACAUUCUCAUUAAUAAACACAUAUCACCAACUGAAACUGUUGCUGAAUUUGUUCUCAUUCCAUCGCCAGAAUUUGAUCGCUUAGCUGCAGAAAGUAAGAAGCUGAGAGAUUCAUCUUCCAAUAAAGAAGCGCCAAAGAAGAAUGUCAAAGAAGCUUGGGUAGAAAUUCAAGUGGACGAACAAAAAAACAACAAGUCAGACGCACAAAAAGCAAAGUCAAUCAACAAACCUGAAGAAAAAAUACCAGUGAAACAGGUUGAAAAAGAAAUUAUCACGCCUUUACAAUUUUCUGAAAAUCAUAAACCACUGAUACAAGAACUUUUUAAAGCCAAAAGUACCGAACUAACUAACAAUAAAAUACAGUCAUCAAAACUGAAUACCCCCCGAAAUAACAAAGAAGUGAAAAGCAAGUUUUCAAAGAAAGAACUGGAGCAGCAAAAGAUAGUCAAUGAGAAGUUGAAAGCAAAAAAAGAGCGUAUACAGCACCGAUUGGAAAGCGUCAAGCGAGAACGUGAGACAAGGUCUGUAGGAGGGCGUGUCUGUAUAGCCGCACCCCAUACACCAGUUAUAUAUGAUAUGGAUGCAUCAUACGAAGCUGCACCGAUGUGUCUACCUGACAACUAUGCCAACAAGCAUUACCUUCUCUUGUCCAUUUCKCUCCCGGUCUGUGGAGAACUCUCACUAGGGGGUAACAAAGCCAGUAGUGGUAAAGGGGGUAACAAAGGCACCCACACGGGACAAGAUGCGCACGCGUAUAAUCUCCUUAUAGCUUGGCUAUUAUCUCUUGUCCCAGUACCUCAGAAAACGUACUACGUAGACUUUGCAGAUGUCUGUGAAUCACCCUUUUACGUCAUUGGUCUGCAACAAACAUGGCACGAAGGAGAACUCUCCAUGAAGAUUGGGAUUUGCAGUAGAGAUAAUUUCCAACCAACACGCACAAAGCAGGGAGGUCGAGGCAAUGCAUUUCAGUCCUCCGUCUCAAAAUUYCUGAGGACAAAUACUCUCUGUAGCGUCUUGACCAAGUUAUCCAGCUAUCCCGCCAUCUUUGUCGAUUCAGCCAUUGGAAAUAAGAAYUUGUCAACGCUUCUGGUAAUCAACUCUGAUCCCCAGGCUAUGAUCCGCGUAUUCGGUGCAGAGCCUGGGUUCUUUUGGAAAACGAUGGAGGUCGAGGAGUCGACUGAUAAUCAUUCUUCAAAUAUCGAGAAUUGUGGUCCCGAGAUGAGCAACACAAUGAUGUUGAUUCAAUACGAGGCUUUCCAUGACCCUUCAUGUAUGAUUGAUGUACUAAAUCGCGUAUGGAGUGAAGGUUUUGACCUUGUUGGGAUAAGGCUAUUAUACACUAGUAAUAUCCCAUUGGAAGAAAGGCCUGGUCUUGACCAUUCAACGUGUAAUGUCUUCCCUCGCGAAGGCCCUCUUUUAGCGUUGGCAAUCAGAGGCCCAGAUGCCUUAGUUCGAUGGUUUGAAGUCGUUGGACCUAGUGACGUCUGGCUUGCUCGUCGUACUAACCCGAACUCUCUCCGAGUCAUCUACAGUAAUGAUGAUAAGGAAGAUCACYUGUUUUACUGCCCAAGGCGUUCUGGGAGAGCGAACGCAGAGCUUGCGCGCUGGUUUGGUGGUCGCGUCCCUCCAGGAGAUACCUUGAACAUCGGCAGUGAUGACGUUGUARUUCAAAGACCAAGGUCAGGAUCAAGGGGGAGAAAAGAUGAGCAGCUUCCUACAAGYCMACUUCAUACRCCACUACCCUCUCCUCCCUGCACACUUGUGGCUUCGACAGAWUCGUUGGUUGUUAUAGUUGCCUCACCCCUUAUCUUACCUCGAUGUUUUGGCUAUAUUCUGGCGAUUUGUUUUUCUAGAGGUUUCACUCUAAAUGGUAUACGAAGAAUUAGGCUCCAUCCCCCACAGUUUAAGGAUGGYAACAGAGACGCUCUUGGCCUCACUUCGGCACAGAUGUCUGUGUUCUGCCCUUUGAGAUCGUACGGUGGGGACUUGACUACGUCGUUCGCGUCCACGUUUGACAUCAAYGAGUCUGAAGAUAGCUACCCAUUUUCAGUAGCAUCAACAAUGUUUUGUUUGCGUAAAGAAAAYGGCGUCCAUCAUUCAGCAUCCCUUGUAAGAUCACUAACCGAAGAGCUUGCMCGUAUUGAUUUCCUCCCUAGUGACGUCAUUACUCGUGGCCAGGCUGCCGCAAUCAAAAUGUGCUUUGCUGUUGCACCUUAUAGUGAUCACUUCGCUAAUGUAGUCGGCRGUAAGAUGAAGCAAAUGCCAAACUCGAACAUGUAUGUAGCAGCAUCGCUGAGCCAUUCAUUCUACUCAAACCCAGAGYUGGAACAGGUUUGCGUGCUCACUCUAAUGAAGGAAAAAGCAGCAAAGCACAGCCAUGCAAUCCUGGAUUACCUUACCUUGAAUUCUCCUCGACCGUCAGAUAUGAUGUUUGAAGACGACGAACUGGACUAUUGUGGUUUUGAAUUGCUUGGAAUCAAGCUAGUAACAUCGAUGACUCUUCAUCAGGCCAAGGAAUUCACGCCUUAUGAGAUAGGUGAUAAACUGUGGCAAAGCAGCCUGAAACCGUUGACCUCUGGACCUGCUCUUAUCAUCGCCCUUAGAGGCAUCAACGCCUUUGAUAGACUAAGACAGUUUAUUCAUUCCUUUUAUGGCUGCUCACCUAGAAAACGCCCUCAACAUACCAAGGAUGGAACAUGCCCAGAUAUGUUUAUGUCCUGUACACCAGAAAUUGCCUACCGUCAGCUGACCGCCAUCUUYUUUGAGCAUGAACUAUAUGCAGAUCAUUCCAAGCGCUCAAAUCUGCAUCUUUUACCCCAUGCUGGAAGGGACUUAACCCAUCCUGAUACGAAUAACUCGAGUCCUAAUCCGAAGCAGAAAGGCAAGAAGUCAGGACGUGGCAACGUCUCGACAGGGCGUGGGAUGCAGGCUUUGUUACCCGAUGACGCCCCUAUAAUAUCUAGUCUCCUUGCUGGUCCUAGCUUAUUGAAUACGGUGUGUAUAGUGAAACCCGAUGCUGUACCAAGGCAUGUUGGYAAGGUACUCAAGCGACUUGCCAGGGAGGGCUUUCUGGUGGUUAAUAUGCGUAUGGACAUGCUGUCGAAUAGUGAAGCAGUAGCAGUAGUUGCAAGAGACUGGGGAUGUAGUAAAACUGACAUGAGUGCUCAUGCCAGCCACCUUUCCUCGGGCCCAUGUCUYGUGAUGAGCAUCCAGCGUGAAAACGCAGUUGGUAAACUACUUGAGGUACUGGGACCAAGCAGCCCUGAAGAAUGCAGACACGAGUCUCAAUUCUAUUUGAGAGGAUCGUAUGGAAYAGACAAGAUCUCCAAUGCUUUAUAUGGGUCGUGUUCAUAUUACGAUUCAAUGAAGGACCACAAGCUUCUGUUUACGCACGGCGUUUGUUGUUCCCCGACUGUUGAGCUAAAAGCCGAAGAAAUUCCCUGCCUUGCAUCUGACAAGAUCUUCAGUGUUGACCAUCGACGAUCCCUAGUCGACGUUCCCGAGGAUUUCGACACUGUCACCAACAAAGAUGAAGCAUUUACGACCCUCCUUCCACCGUCUUUGCUAGAGUUAAACUGCCUUCUCCUUCUACCAGACCUUUUAAGGUGGCAAGGGGGAUCCUCCUCGGUCAAGCAAACUCCAGGUUUUAUUGAAAUCAUUGAUGGAUUGAUAACUGCUGGAGCUCAACUAGUUGGAGUUCGUAUGUUGCGGUUUAACGAUAAUCAAGCCGCGCACUGUGCAAGGAUGUAUAGUGAUAGUUUACCAUGUGAYAUGAAGCCAUACCAGUUGGCAGCACAGAUAGCCCAAAGUCCUUGUUUGUUGAUAGCAAUUCUAAGAGACGGUGCAGUCACCUCCUUUGAGACCUUGCUUGGAAAUCCCAUCAAGUCGAAUUCUCUGGCUACCAAAUAUGGAAAGUACGUACUUGCAGCCAAGUCGUUCAAGAAGGCGCGAUGUUUAUUGGAAUGCUUCUUUGACCGUCUGAUGCCCAACAAGAAGGCUCAAAUCCAGUGCAGUCAAUGAUAUCCAAGCGACAAUUCACGCGCUUCACGUGGUGAUAAGUGUUGACUUUUGUUGGUGCCGUUGGACCUCUCUGAUAACGAACACCUUUAUAAUACGAACGCUAUCAUAUAUUAAGAACAGCUCUUUCAUUUAUGGCAAGUGUUCAMUUGUGAAUGUCACAAGUACGAGUAUGUGCUGCUAAUACUCAAUUCACCGYGAUAUUACAGGCAUUUCUGGUUUGAUCUUAGACGUUUUGAUCAGAGAGGUUCUUGUGUACCGGUCGACAUAUAAUAGAAAUUCUUACGUAGAACCGCUCUAAACAGAAAAGAAUUUUGCGGUUUUUAUAAAUAUUUUCAAAAUCUAACGAAAUUGAGGAAUUUAAAUAUCCUAUUUAUGAGCCGAAAACUUUGGCUCGAUUUUUGUAUCGUCGGUUUUCAAUUUAUUCACUGAAGUCCUUGGCUKACAGAAGUUUUCYCAAUCUGAGUUAUUUUUCUUGGCAGCCUUUAGUUAAGCUUCUGCCAGUUCAAGACGACUUUUCAAGUGUCUACUCAGUCAAUUUUUCUUUACUCCUGUGUGAUUUUUGGGUUCAUAUGUAUAAUAUUCAAAUGUAAUUGUUAUUUUUUUCAUUCCUUUUGACAAGGGAUAUCUUUUAUUAGAUUCAUAUUAUGUACAGUGUUUGACAUGACAACGAAUCAUUGUCACAAGAGUGGGUGUGUAAUAGGAAAAACACCGACGCCAUUUUCUACACAACAUUAGGAAAGUAUGAUGCGAGAUGUGGUCCUCGCAUUUUUUAUGUCGGUUGAAAUAUUUCCCUUUAGAUUUUUUUCCUUUCCAAAGAUGCAAAUAGUUUUGCUGCUUUUCUAAAGACUGAGGACACAAAAACUGAUUUUAGAUAACGGAGGACUUACAUUUUCCUAGGUAGAAGAUGGCGUCGUUCUACGGUGCAAUUUUGUCUUUUGAUGAGAUAAAACUCAAGACCUUGUAUAAAACUCAAGACCUUGUAUAAAACUCAAGACCUUGUAUAAAACUCAAGACGCUUGAGGCAACUGUAGAUAUCUUGUACAGUUAAAAAAUACGAGGAUCGCUCCCUAGUGUCUUGUAGCUGCCACAAGACGUCACACUGAAUAAGUCUUCAAAUAAUCUGGAAUAAUCUUAGUAUUUACAUAUACAGCAAGCAGCAUUGGAAUAAUUUUGCUGUUAUGCGGAAAACGUUUUACUCCUUUCUGGCUACUCGCAAAACAAAAGGAUUUAGAGCCAUAUACACUUUUAUUUGGUAAAUUCACUAGUACUGUUAUUGAGUUAUGGCCCUUUUUUGUAUUCACUUCAUUGAAUAAUUCAUCGUAUUUGAAGUUGAACCUAGAAUUUGCUCUAUUUAUUUUUGAUACUAAGAUUUUUAUGUCAAAAUAUAAGGGGUUUAUUUGAAUUUGCUUGGUGCCAGUUUGGCCCUAAAGUGUUAUUGAUGAUAAAAGUGAAAUAAAAAGUACACUUUGUGAAAAAA